AUGGGCCGCAUCCUCGCCGAGGGUGAUGCAGAGCCGAACGUCUGGACGAUCGAGGUAGGGUGCGAGGAUUUUUCGAACAUUCUGGACGAGAAGUUUGGGCUUCGCAACGUCUACGCUCGCCGGGCUGUCGGCGAUGCCGCGUCGUUCGAGCUCAUCGACGAGGCUUCCGAUGGCCGCGUCCUCGUCGAAGAAAUAUCCAUUCUCCUCAAAGGACCGAAGCGGUUCCGGCCGGGUAUCCGACGAUGA